CCGUAUACUUCUUACCCAUUACUCAGAUCUCCUAUUUUCUAAUUCUAUCUCGAAUUAUUAUUAUUAUUAUUAUAAUUUCGUAACAAGAGACAAUAUGGAAAUUAAGAACAUGGUAACCAUGGUUGCUCGUAGUGGCCGCCAGUUGCAGCGGUACAACAAAGGCCACCGCCAAGUCGUCGGAUGCAUACCUUACAGAAUAAAAGGUAACAAAGAGCAGAAUUUAGAAGAUGCAUUAGAAGUUCUUGUCAUUAGUGCACAAAGAAAAGGCAAAGGGAUGUUAUUCCCUAAGGGAGGUUGGGAAUCCGAUGAAUCGAUCAAUGAAGCUGCGUUAAGAGAAACUAUGGAGGAAGCCGGAGUCUUCGGGACCCUUGAGUGUUUAUUGGGUACAUGGCACUUCAAGAGCAAAACCAAUGGCUCGUUACGUGAAGGGUACAUGUUUCCGUUACUCGUGAAGGGGCAACUGGAUUUCUGGCCCGAAAAGGACAUUCGUCAAAGAGUUUGGGUGAGUGUACCAAUGGCUAAAGAAGUUUGCCAACAACCUUGGAUGAAAGAAGCAUUGGAUUUGCUAGUCAAACGGCUCGAGUCAACUACUACUAUGAAUGAUGAGGAACCCAUUUAACAAAUCACUAAAAGGUAGCUCAUUACAUGUAAAUAGGACAUCAUUAAUUCGGAAAAAGAAAUGCAAACAUUGCACUUGGAUCAAAAGCUUGAGCUACAAGUCGGUUUAUGAACAUGUUAGCUUGCUUUAGAAGAGAAAAGUCAAAGAAACCCAAGAGAUGGAAUUACAACUUGUAAUCUAGUGGUUACGAACUUUGUUUUGAUCUUUUAUCAUUCUUGUUAAGAGUUAUGGGACUUGUUCUAAUGGUUUUGUGAUUCAACUUAAUCAUUGGUGAAUUCCAUUCAUUCAAUUAAAGAGGAUUGUGUUCUUAGUGUCUUGUUUAAUCUAGUGUUAUAAUAAAUGUAACUACGCUUUUUAUAUCAUA